AUGCGUCCCAUCCGCUCCGGCUUGGUCCAGCUUCAGCUGCACCCUGGGUGUCCAGGACUUGAAAGAAAAAUGGGGGGAGAAAGCUGUGAUGCAAGAAAAAAUGGGGGGCGGGGACAGGAGGUGACAGGUAAAAAGGCAGAGGAGCUGCAAAAGUUGCUACAGAAAAGUUUGCAGUAUGGACCAGUAUUUACAAUCUUUGUUAUGGGUAACCAAAUGACUUUUGCUACUGAAGCAGAAGAAAUUAGUUUGUGCAAGUCCCCUGAAUUAGAUUUUGUAGAAGCAGUGCAAAAGACCAUCUAUAGUACAGAUAAAGAACAUUUUCGGAAUGUUCACUUGGAAUCUAAAACUAAUUUAGGUAACAGUUCAUCAGUUCUCUAUCAAGAAUGUUCUGGAGCCAAAUCAUUCCACAUGUUGAGUUCUAGACCCAGAGUGAAACUUGGGAAUUCAAACAUGCAUAAAUUAACUGGACAACUGACUGAAAGCUUCCAGAAACAACUGGAAAAGUUAGGCAUCUAUGGAACAAUGGACCUGUACAAGUUAGUAAGACAUCUCAUUUGUCCAGUCACAAUGGAUGUGCUAUUUAAAAACUGUUUAUUUCCCACAGAUGAGAAGAAAAUCAGGGGGUUCUAUCAGCAUUAAACUUAUGAUAGCAGUAUAGAUAAUGCAGGCCAAAUUUCAGGAUUUCUCCUAAGACUGAAAUCCAGACAGUGGCUCCUAGAACCUUUUGUGGAAAAUAUUCCGCUUAUCAAAACAUAUUUAUCUUCAAAAGAUGAUUCCAUGACAUUAUUUCAGACUAUGUUUGAUAUACUACAGAUGGAAUCAAAUGAAAAAUAUGGUCCCGACUAUGGACUCAUACUUCUUUGGGCUUCUAUAACUAAUAUUCCUUUCCCUGCAUUUUGGACACUUGGAUUUAAUCUGUCUUAUCUCAAGAUACACAAGACCAUUAAGGAGAACAUAUCUUCUAUGUUUGGCACAGCAGGUAGAGAUAAUAUGGAACUGUUUGAGGAUGACUUGAAAAAGCUCCUUCUGAUUAAACAGUACUACGAAACCGCUCAUCUAAGAGACCCUGGUCUCAUUGUUAGAAAAGUGUUGAAGUAACUUAAAAUUUUGAAUUAUACUGUUCCUGCUGGUGAUUUGCUAGUGUUGUUUCCUUUUUGGUUACAUAGAAAUCCAGACAAUUUUCCUGAACUGGAUUUCUUCCCACAGGAACGCUGGGAAAAGGCAAAUUUAGAGAAGUAUGCUUUUUUGGAUGGCUUCUUGGGAUUUGGAGCGCGAAAAUGGAUAUGUCCCGGAAGGGUGUUUGCUCUGUUACACAUUCAAACAUUAAUUGCCUUAAUAUUUUACAAAUAUAACUGCAGACUUCUAGACCCAUUACCAAAGGAGUGUCUUCAGAUUUUUAGAAUAUUUGACUUUUGA